AUGGUGUACUGCGGCAAGCCAAGCGAAGGAUGCGGUGCAUGCCGUGCGCGAAAGGUCAAGUCGGCCAUUACUGAUUUCGGAAUGCAGUGCGAUCAAGCUAGACCUGCUUGUUCCCGGUGCAGAAAGGCCAAUCGAACCUGUCCCGGGUACCGAGAUCAGCUUUCACUCUUGUUUCGAGAUGAAAGCCAAUCUGUUGCUCAGAAGGCGAAGGCGACCAGGUCUGGCCCCAAUGCCCCAGACACACGUCGCUCAGCAUCCCAUGCGGGGAAGUCGGGGACGAUGACAGUGGCCAAGACAGCUGGCAGACCAGAUGAGGCGUCAAACCUCCAGCAGCCAGUGGAAUACUCCCUGCCAGCGUUCCCGUUUGCGAUGGAUCCUAGAUUUGAAGCCACGUGCUUCUUUUUCAAUAACUACGCUUGGCUGAAUAUUUCUUGCUUGGCCAAAAACGACCCUGAUCGUGCCCUGGUGCCUACGGCUCCGCUUGGCGAGAGAGCUUUGAUGGCUAGUAUAAUAUCGGUGGGCAUGGCCAACCUUGCAAGUCUUCAGAAUUCAAAGUCAUUGCGGCUGUCUGCAAGGAGCGAGUAUGCCACCGCUUUGAAAUUGAUCAACGCUGCUCUUUGCGAUCCGGUCCAGGCUAAAGAGGAUACGACGCUCACCGCAAUUAUCUGCAUGUCAUUGUUUGAACGGGAAUCCAUGGGCUCCUGGGUAGAGCACGCCCGCGGCGCUCUAGCGCUUCUGGAAUUCCGUGGGGAAGAACAUCUUCGUCGCGAAUGUGGACUUCAAAUGUUCCAUGCUCUGAGGAACGAGAUUCUUGCCGGUUGUCUGCAGCGAAGAACAAAAAUUCCGCCUUCGCUGAUUGAUUUGUCCAACCAAGUUGCUGCUGGGCAGAUGGACCCUUUCGCGGUUUACGCGGACCAGCUAACAAAGGCUGUUGCCAAGUUAUGCAAUCUCCGGGUCGAUAUAAGCAAUGGGGUCAUCGUGGAUAGCGCGGACAUACUAUCGAUCGCCUUUUCGAUAGACUCAGAGCUCGCGGAAUUUGCUAGCAACAUGCCUCCAAGCUUCUCGUACACCGUCUGCACCCGGCUUGAUGGCAGGCCAUUCCGUAUCAACGAGCACUAUCAUCUUUAUCCGUACAAUGGGUGCUUUCACAUCUACGAGCACCCCUUGGUAUGCGUCAUUUGGAAUAAUUACCGUUAUUCUCGGAUUCUUGUGAACAGGCUUAUCCUUGCUGAGCUACAUAAGCUAGCUUCUCAGGAUGGGUCAGUCUCAAACUCCCGUGAUUUUAGGGAUCAAUGCCGCGGUAUCCGUGACUUGAUGCGACAGUUAGCCGCUGAUAUCUGCUCCACGGUGCCAUAUCAAUUUGGAACCGUCGAUCGCGAGAAAGGAGAAGUGCAAACUCCAUCGAGAGCUAGAGGCAUCGCCUGCGGGUUUGUUAUGCUUUAUCCGCUCUAUGCAGCAGCGUGCGUUGAUGGGUACUUAAGUCCCACCUGUUCCUGGGUCAUUGAUUGCCUCACCAUCAUCGCGCGGGCAAUGGGGAUCGAUGCAGCAUCAACUCUCAUCACCAUGCUGCCGAUGGAACGAAGUACGGUGGACUGGGUCGACAGGAUGGACUAUGAAGAGGUGCUUCAGGGCAGGAUACCCCUUAGCAUGGAGGCGCCUGACGGGAUGACACACACUGUCGUGUAUUCUUGA